AUGCGACUUACAGUUGAGGAGAAAAGAAAGAUGCGCAAUGAGAGAAAGAAGAGAAAGCGGUCUCACAAAUCGGAAUUGAAGCGCGCGGCGCUCAUAAAAGAUGCACUUCGUGAGGUUCAAAGAAAAACCGACGAGCAAAGGAGCAUUGCUUCAAAAUAUUAUAAACUUUGGAGGAGAAGUGUAGAAACUAACAAAAAAUUACAAAAUAAGUUGGACAAUAGAGAAAGCAGUAUAAAAAAGGUAUACAAAUAUUAA